AUGCCCUCGAUACCAUUUACUAAUGAUUCGACCAGAGCUCAGGAAAGCAAUUCACUGCGGUCCAAAGUCUCUGAGCAGUCUGAAGAACUUUCGGUCCGAACGGACGAUAACAAGCAGGCCUUGUUCACGUUAACAGCCAAAAAGUCAUGGAAGCCAUGGACUCAUAAAGCAUACUUUCUUGUACCAACCAUCUUGGCUUCUGGAGCACUGAUAGCUAUCCUGCAGAUUUAUCUGGAACGCAGUAAUCGAGACACUGGAAUCUUGUUUGCCUCUAGAAUCAUAGAUCUUCCUCUGGACCAGAAGUUUCCCUACCUCUAUCUGCCGACAAUAGUGUCGCUGUUGCUCAGUUUCGCCUGGGCUUGGCUUGAUCUCGAUGUUAGAAGGCUGCAACCAUUCCUGGAACUCUCCAAAGAGCGCGGAGCACGUGGAACUGAUUCGCUCCUGCUCCACUACCCUUUCGAUUUUGUAGCCUUGGUGUUGUUCGCUGCAGCCAAACGACGACACUGGCCAGUCUUCUCGGCGUCUCUAGCAGUUGUGAUAAUUCACUGGGGUCUGACACCUUUGCAAUCAAGUAUGUUCGCGACGAGAACAAUCGAAAAAACUAUUCCAAUUGUAAUGGCAAGAUCGACGUCUUACCUCUCUUCACGAGAGCAGGAGUCCAGCUUGACUGCUGAAUACGCACAAUCGGUUUAUAACAUUGCGUGGCUGAACGAAACCCUGCCCCCUUUCAUGAGUCCACAAGGCCUACUUGCCCCUUUUGGCCUUUUGGGAACCGUAGGGAAGAUAGAGUCUUCCGAGACUUGGACUGCAUCGACUCGCUUUUACUCAGUCGACCUUCAGUGCGAGAGGGACAAUGGUAGCCUCUCCAGCUCAAAUGGGUGCCAUUACUCUGCACAGAAUAUGGCUUUGCCACCAAAGAUUAAGGACGAUGAAUACUACAGCCUCUACGUGGGAUACUGGUACGAAGAAAGUAUGGACUCAUACCUACUGGGGUCGUGUCCCGACGACGCCAACCAAACGUUGCUUGUCCGUUGGUCUCGAGGUCAACAGCGACAAGCCAAUCUGGCUCUCAACGAGAUAGCAACCGUUCCAAAAGAGGAAGCCACUCUAUGGUGUACUUCCUCAUAUUACCAACAAGAUGUUGAAGCGACUGUGUCUGUCCCAGCUAUGGGCGUUCUGGAGAUUGUGCCUACCGGCCCCAAGACGGCGUUGCCUAUGGACUUUUUCAACGUCACAGAUUUUGAGUGGGGACUCAGUCAGGGUUCUGAUAAGAAUGCGAAUCGUGGAACAUAUCCUGAUGUAGGUAUCGGAGGAGGUUGGCCUUCACCAUAUGAUCGACUUUGUCACGAGUUCCCGAAAUUAGUGUGGGAUCCACAAUCCGCAUACCUCUCCAACAUGGCAACUUUCGCACUCGGAACAUACCAGCGUCCGAUGGCCGAGUACCUCGACGCAGAGGUAUUGAAAGACUCUUAUCAAGCAGCCUAUCGCCUUCUGUUCGCACGACGCUUGUCAAAUGUUUUACACCCAGCUCUUAACAUCAGUACAACAGUGCUGGGUAGCCGUCGUUACAGCACCCAGACUAUCAUCAUGGUUCCUGCUUUCGUCUAUGUGGUAGAAACUAUGAUCGCGUUCACAGCGACUGCUGCUUUCGUGGUAUUUCUUCUAUCACUCUUUACGAGAAACAAGCUCUCGUUCGAGCCUGCAAGUAUUGCUUCUCUAAUGGCUUUAUCAAGUGGCGACUGCCGUCUGAUAGAAAAAAUGUCUGGGGACGAUUGUACAACUACUGAAGAUUUGAGCACUAUGUACAACGACGCUCAGUUUGGGCUAACGAUCUCCCGACUUAAUCAAGGGCCAACUAUAUGCUUUACAAAAUCUGAUGACCGGUCUUCGAGCACACUGUUUCGACAACCAUCGAAGCCGAAGCUCACGCUGCCCAUGGAACUGUCGUGGACUUUCGGAUUCUGGUUUAUGUCCCUCCAGGCCGGGCUUUCGUGCGCGUUGGUGUAUGUUUAUGUCCGAAUACAGACAAAUAAUGGUCUACCUUUACCAUCAAAGUCACUCUUUGUCAACCAACUGCUGAAGAACUAUCUACCUAUGGUUGUUGGAGCAUCUUUCGAGCCGAUAUUCACAAUGAUCACAAGCACAUUGUGCAUGCUUCAGCCAUACGAGCAGCUCCGACGAGGCCACGAGAAGCCAGGACGAUCGAUCACUCUCAACUAUGCGUCUCUGCCACCGCAGGCCGUGGUCUUCCGGGCUCUCAAGAACAAACAUAUUGGACUGGCUUUUGUUUCCUUGAUGACUAUAUUGGCAAACGUCCUCUCUGUCGCCUUCAGUGGCUUACUGACCGAAUCGAGUGUACUGAUUUCUCAGAAUACCGACUUUAUGGCCACUCAUCAGUUCCCGCUGAACGGGACCAGCAUAGGUAAUGAAAGUUUGUCGAGGAAUCGACCAUCCUACGACUCGUACUAUGUCGCAUCAUCGAACCUCACGGCUGAUACACCGCUGCCGCCAUGGACAGACGGCCAAUAUUUCUAUCUCCCAUUCGAACCAUACGUGCCAUCGGCUGCUAACAUAACGCAACGUAAAGCCGCGACACCUGCAGUCAAAGCAUCACUGCAUUGUUUCCCGAUGCGUCAGGUAACGAAUGGCCGUGACUUGACAUUGAAAACACCCGAUGGAAGAAUCACAUGUGAUCUCGGCCUUUGGGCAAGUUUCACGAGCGCACACAAUAAUACGCCACAGGCUAUCGAACAUGUGAGCUUUGCCUCGUCAGAUCAAAGCGAACAAGGUCCCGAGUAUUGUGAUCUCAAAGUCAUGGCGGGCUGGACGAGAGCCUCCAAAGCGCCUGACAGUGGCCCUCUUAAUGCCUCCUGGGUUGGUUGUAUGCCUGCGCUUCAAGUCGAUGUCCGCGAAGUUACAGUCGACUUGAAAGGAAAUGUGUUGUUCUCUACUCCGUUAAACUCCACGACCGGUAUCCCGGAACACGUUUUUGAGCCAGAUGACAUGGGUGUCGUCAACUCCGUACAUAAGGUUCUGGAUGCUACCAGCCUAGUGGGUUUAUCGCAUAUCACAAACCCGAGCUGGCACAACGACAGCUACCCCAGCAACUUCAUCAACUAUCUCAUGGCACAAACGACCAACAGCACGGCUUUCCUGGAUCCUGUGUUGUCACCACCUCCUUUCGAAGAAGUUGCACCGCUGUUGGAUUUGUUGUAUUCGAAACUGUUCGCAAUCACCCUUGCCAACAACAUUGACAAGAUUCUGUGCCCGUCCAGCGACACGACAACUCUCACAGGCGUGUCUAUGGGGCCCGAGACCAGGAUAUUCGCUCAAGAAGAGAUGCUCUUUGUCGCCGUGGUCAUCUUGGCUGUGUUCUUCUUGGUCACACUGGUUCUGUACAUUCGUCGACCGUGGAGGAUCCUUCCGCGUAUGCCAACAACACUUGCAAGUCAGAUAGCCUUUUUCGCCGCAAGUCAUGCAUUAGUAGAUCUUGCUGAGACAUCAGGCAUGUCUGAGAAGGAGCGCAAUUCAUACGUCAAAGGAUUGGAGCAAACAUACGGGUUCGGGAGAUUUGUGGGUACAGAUGGAAAACCUCACAUCGGAAUCGAGAGGGAACCCCUUGUGCAAAUUCUUACCAAACAAGACUUGCGAGCCAUGCGCAAGGACGCGGUGAUAGACUGA